AUGCUUUCUUCAGACCUGGAAUCGUUCCAGAAACAUCUUUUGUCGUCCCGCAAGAUCCUGGCUCUUGUUGGCGCGGGCCUCUCUCAGUCGUCAGGCCUCCCUACUUUUAGAGGAGAAGGAGGCAUCUGGCGCAACUACGACGCAGCUGAACUUGCCACGCCCGAGGCAUUCCACAACGAUCCCUCCACAGUAUGGCAGUUUUACGCCCACCGAAGACACAUGUCUUUGAAGGCCAAGCCCAACCCGGGACACUAUGCUCUGGCUGAACUGGCCCGAAGACUGCGCGGACGGUUUCUGACACUUACGCAGAACGUUGACGGUCUCUCGUCGCGCGCAGAGCAUCCCCAAGAAGCACUUUUGAAGCUUCAUGGAGACCUGUUUGCUCUCAAAUGCACGUCCUUCUUCUGUUCAUACACCACCGAAGACAACUUUGCAGACCCACUAACGCCGGCACUAAGUAUCACCGACAACUACAACUCGGCACAGCUGCAGCGCCACCGAAUACCCGUCGAAGAUCUGCCCACAUGUCCUCAUUGCAAAGAGGGUCUGCUGAGACCCGGAGUGGUGUGGUUUGGAGAAUCGUUGCCGUUCAAGGUCAUGAACACUGCCGAUGAGUUUCUCGAGGACGAAGACGUGGAUUUGAUUAUCGUAGUCGGCACAUCGGGAAGCGUGUGGCCCGCUGCUGGCUACGUGGAGCGAGUGGCCCUCAGCGGAGGUAAGGUGGCCAUCUUCAACAUGGAGAUUGACCACUACCAGUAUGGAGAAAGUGAGGCCGAAACCACGGACUCCGAAGAUAGCAGCAACGAAGACGCUGUGAUUGAGGGAUGGGCCUUCAAGGGCAACGCCUCCGAGUGGUUGCCAAAGGCUCUGGAACCUGUUAUUGGGCGGGCCUUUAUGAAGAGAAGAAGUUAG